AUGCCAGCUGCGGAUAUCUCGACGGAGGACUCCAGCGCGUUCACCGUCAUCAACCAUGAGGAGCCGAAGCGAGGCGCCGAGCGCGACGUGACCCUCGCCGAGCGAGCGCUGCCGCGCAACGUGAACGUGGUGCAGCCGCUGCCGCGCGCCGAGCCCGCGCCCGCCAUGGGCGCGCCGCACGGGCCGCACUCCAUCCUCGACCCCAAGUUCUCGCGAGCGCUCGACUUCAAGCUGCGCCGGCUCAAGGAGAAGGAGAUCCUGCAGGCGAAUCUGCGUAGACCCACUAAAUUUCGCCCGACCAAGAACGGUCUUCUCGCGGCCUCCAACCCCAACAUCAGCACGAAGGAGCAGGUUUCCCCCGGGAAAAUGGUCAGUCGAUCGAACCCGCGUAUCGACGUCAUCCCGCCCGAUAGCGACAAGAAAAUAUCGCCAAAAAUGGACAAAUCCCCUUCACCCGGACGAAAGAGUCGCACGCGCAAGAUAUCAGGGUCGAACGACGGCGAGAAGCCUCGCUUCAUCACUACCGUUAAGACGGGGCAGUUCCUGCUGCCCCCGCCCGAGGUGGCCAGCCUCCUGGGGCUUCAGACGCUGUACCCGCCACAGGAGCGGGAGAAGAUCGUGUACUCGUACGCCAGCAAACCCAAAGCUGUUCCGAUGCGGGCGAAGCGGUCAGUCCCCGACAAGCAGGAAGGUGCUCCCGGCGGCACGGGCGGCGGCGACGGCGGCCGGCGGCGCGCCGGGGACGUGUUCGGCGGCGUGCGCGCGCUCGUGGCCGGCGUGGUCGGCAUGCGCCACCUGCUGGAGCAGGCCGACACGUAUGACGGCAGCGUGGCGACGACGCAGUACUCCAACGUGAUGCACGACAAGCGCGUGGUGCGCGGGAGCACCUUCGGCGCGCACCCGCAUGCCGCCGGCGACGGCGGCGAGAGCGCGGCGGCGCGCGCGGCGCGCACCCGGCGGCGGGCGCUGGCGCGGCGCGCGGCGGCGGCGCGGCUGCGGCCCGGCACGCCGCCGCCCGCGCCCGGCCGCCGCCACCACCCCAUCCAGACCGAGUACUACCUCGAGGAGCUGUUCGACAAGGGCGCGGAGAUGGAGGUGGGCGUGCAGACGGACCUGUUCGCGGACCGGCCCGCCACACCCGUCUACGUGCCCGCCAAGACCGGCGCCGACGCGCACACGCAGAUCUACCCUGGAGAUCUGUUCGACUUCGACCUGGAGGUGCAGCCGAUCCUGGAGGUGCUGGUGGGCAAGACGGCGGAGCAGGCGCUGGCCGAGGUGGCGCAGGAGGAGGAGCUGGCGGCGCUGCGCGAGCACCAGCGGCGCUACGCCGAGCUGCGCGACGCCGAGCGGGCCGAGCGCGCGCGCCUCGCCGCCCACGACCUGCGCCUGCACCGGGAGAAGGAGCGGCGCGUGGCCGAGGCGCGCGUGGCGCAGCUGGCGGCCACGGAGGCGCGCGAGCGCGCGGCCGCCGCCGUGCUGGUGCAGGGCUACGUGGCCGAGCUGCUGCCCGCCGUGCUGGCCGGCCUGCGCGACCAGGGCUACCUCGUCGAGCGCAUCGAGAGAGGGGUGGAUGAGGAGUUCAUGCCGUGGCUAGUGCGCGAGGUGUCACAAGAGAUCGAGUCUAUCAUCACGAGCAGGGACGUAAUCACAGAGAUCGUGCGCGACGUGGUGGAGGCGCGCGCCGAGCUGUUCCGCGGCUGCGGCGAGCGCGAGCGCGAGCGCGCCGAGCCCGAGCAGAGCGCCACGCCGCCCUCCGAGCCCGACCCCGAGCAGGAGCCCGAAGAAGCACCCGUAUAGCACCACGGCGGCCUGGGAGGUGCAACUGAGUGACAGGACAGCACAGCUGUACCCUAUCUGCGUUACCUAUGAACACUCAAAGUUUUGGUUCGUCUUUAGGAAAAUAACUAAGUACCUAGAGAUCGGUAAAUAUGUUGAAAAAAA